AUGCGUGAAAUGAUGAGAGCCGAAGAAGAAGAAGCUGAACAAAUGCUAACCAUGACUACUGCUGUUCAACAAUAUCGACAACUUCACAAUGAAAGUUCAGCUUCACAACAUGGUGGUUCAACACUAAAUCACCGUGUCAUCAAUCGAAAUAGAGAAGAAGGUCAUGCUCGACUUUAUCGUGACUAUUUUUCCGAUAAUCCAACAUAUCCAGAAACAAUGUUUCGUAGAAGAUUUCGGAUGCGUCGGCUGCUAUUCUUGAGGAUUGAAGGAGCAGUUACAGCUCAUGAUAGUUAUUUCAUUCAAAAAACUGAUGCUGUUGGAGUUCGUGGAUUAUCCUCCCUACAGAAAAUUACAGCUGCACUUAGAAUGCUUGCUUAUGGUACGGCUGCAGAUUCCGUUGAUGAAUACAUUAGGAUUGGUGAAAGUACAGCUAUCGAGGGUCUUAAAAGAUUUGUGAAAGCAAUUGUUGAAGUAUUCGGUCCUGAAUAUUUGAGAAGGCCAAACAGGGAAGAUACUUCAAGAUUAUUGGCAUUUGCAGAACAACGCGGCUUUCCAGCAGAAGGUCGUGGACCUGAAGUUAAUUUUAGUAUCAAUGGGCAUGAAUAUAAGAUGGGAUACUAUCUCGCUGACGGUAUAUAUCCUUCUUGGACUACCUUUGUUAAAACUAUUUCAGCUCCUCAAGGUAAUAAGAGAAAGUAUUUUGCUGCUGCACAAGAGGCAACUAGGAAAAUUGCUGGUCUUCAAGAAAGAUGUGAAGAUUUGCCGGGAAUUGAAGAAAAAGCAGAGAGCGGGAGUUUAGAAUAG